UCGCCCAAGCGCUCCCUCUUCGCUUCGGUCAAGGACAAACUGUCCGGGAGGUCGCGGUCGCGAUCGCGAUCGACUUCCCCGAGCCCAAACCCGACCUUCGGGUCCGAGUCUAGUGAGGGCUCGCCAUGGGGCAUCCCCGCACCCCCACCGGCGCCGGCCUCCGCCCCUGCCAAGCCGGCAUUCAACGACCCGCCGCCCCCGCCGUACUCGGCGUGCGCCCCGUCCGUCGCCGGCCCGUCUUCCUCCGCCCCGCUCCCGCCCACCAUCACCGUCAACCCGGCCCCGGCCCCGGCCCGCGCCCCGUCGCCGGCGCCCUCCUUCUCUAGCGCCCGCUCCAACCCCAGCAUCACGUCGCCCGAGGACCCCUACGCCUUCCUCAGCUCCUUCGACACCAUCUUCCUGAUCGACGACAGCGCCUCCAUGGCCGGCGAAUCGUGGCGCGAGACCCAGGAAGCCCUGCGCGCCAUCGCCCCGAUCUGCACCGCCCACGACGCCAACGGCAUCGACGUCUACUUCCUCAACGCCCGCAACUACGCCGCCCGCCCCGACUCGCCGGGCGGCUUCACCAACAUCCGCACCGCCGCCCAGGUCGAGUCGCUCUUCCGCAGCGUGCGUCCCCGCGGCUGCACCCCGACCGGCACGCGCAUCAACCACAUCCUCAAGCCGUACCUGCGCGAGUACGAGGCGGCGAUCGCGCGGACCGGCAACCCGGACGACUGCGGCGUCAAGCCGGUCAACAUGAUCGUCAUCACCGACGGCGCGCCGACCGACGACCCGGAGGCGGUCAUCAUCAGCGUCGCGCGCCGCCUCGACAGGCUCGACGCCCCGCCGCACCAGAUCGGCAUCCAGUUCUUCCAGGUCGGCCGCGACCGCGGCGCCGCCGAGGCCCUGCGCGAGCUCGACGACAGCCUCGCCGAGCGCGGCGGCGGCGUGCGCGACAUGGUCGACACCGUCACCUGGGACGGCAAGGACGGCUCCCGCAACUCGCUGUCCGCCGACGCCAUCCUCAAGGUCGUGCUCGGCGCCGUCGUCAAGAGGCUCGAUCGCCGGCGCGUCAGUCUCGACGCCCCGCCCAGUCGGAACCGCUUGGCGCCGUAGGCUGGCGGUCUCAUUUUUCUUUUCUUUUUUCUCUUCUCUUUUCGUUCUUCAUGGGAUUGGCCGGUAUUGCGGUUGAACAAUCAAGAAGUCGCAAUAUACGGUCCUGUAUUAUUUCACCUUUCCGUUCCUUCUUCGUCUCUCAGCGCUGAAUUAGACGUUGCACCGGGCAGUUAUUUGAGGCAUAGUCAGGGAGUGCAAGCUCAUAUCGAGAUGGGCCUGGCCAGAUUGAUACCCACCCACCAAUACAUUCUACAAUACCUAACUU